AUGACGGCUCCAAGACCGCUUCUCGAAGCUGGUGGUGAUGGAACCACCUCGACAUCAGGAUUCAAGCUACUGCCAGUUCCGCGCUCUCGCAGGCGAGGCCGUCGAGGCUGGAAUUACAGCAAUGAUGAGGGUGUACGGGAGCAGGAUAUGACCAGCACUCAUCGUCGCUCCGUAUCGAGUCCCAUUCUGACCGUGGAAGAAAAAAAGAACGAGGAACACCCGCAAUUCAAUUGCAUCAUCAGCAAAGUCGAAGAAGAUGAAGGCUCAGACAUCGAGACUCCCCGGCCAAAGUCUUUCUUUCACCACAGCAACACUUCUCUGGAAGAGGCCGACAAGGACGAGGCAGAGGACGCUGAGCAAGAGCAUCAUCACGUCUUCGAAGUCGAGCGCUGGGGCGUGGGCGGGGCGAGGAAUGUCGUCGUCUAUGACAAAGUCAACGUGGCUCCGUCGAUCAACCUCGAGAGCGCGACAGAAGCAUCGAUGGACUCAAUCGCAUCUUCAUUGCGCUCAUCUGGUCUGGGUGCACAACGGCGUCGACUCAAGUCAAUCGAGAUCCCGAUCCUGCUCUCGCCCUGCGCACCCAGCGGUGGCGACUCGACGCCCCGUGGACCAUCUUCGCCAUGGUGCGACAACACCUUUCCCAGGCUUGCCACCCCACUCUCCGACGCUGAGAAUGGCAUAGGUCACAAUGUCUGGCGCAACUCGAGGCGCCCUUCGUCCUCGGACAGCCUCUCGACGAUGAGGUCCAGCAGCUCGACCGACUCGACCUCAGACUCUUCUGUCGUUGGCACGCCGCCCGCGGAAACUCGAACAGUCAUGCUACGCAGCGAGGCUGGUGACCACCGUUCAAAGUUGAUGCCGCGGGACUACCGUGAUGAUUCCCUGAAUGCUGUCUCGAGUGCACAAUUCCACGGUCACACCAUCGUCCACCUGGCACCCAUGUCGCCCCUCACACCUGGACGAGCAGCUGAACAGCAUACACCAAAAGAACGCCAAUUUGGCGAGACACCACUCCAUCUUGACAGCCUCCCUGCUUCUGCUGCGCGUCAUCUUUCCUCUGCCAGCGAGCCCUGCUCCGUCGAUUCAGAGCCGUUGAGCGCCACCCUGCGCCGGCUCGGUGCUGCAAGGGACAGCGCAGAUCAUCAGGAAAAAGACGACGAAGCCUCGAGACCACCUUGGAUUCUGAAGGAGGAGUGGGCAGAGAGGAUUGCAGCGCAGCGAGAGCUCAGGCACGAAGCAGAAAUUGUGGCCGAAAGGAACCGAUCGGCGCUCGAGAAAGCGAACGGCUUGACGUGGAAGCAUACAACGACAGCGCCACAAGAGACGGUUUCAAGUUUGGGACUCCGCAUAUUCAAGGGUCGGUCGGAGCAUGGCUCAACAAUCGAAAGCACGGUCCGAGGAGGGCGACUUGGGGCGACGGCAAAGCGCAUCAGCCGGGGUUUGGCCAGCUUUCUCUGGCGUCAGGAUGCACAUCCCCCUCAUUUCAGCAAGUCCCAGAGUUCCUCCCCGGCCUUUGAGACUCUCGAGAUUCCAGCACCCGAUCAAGCAACUUGCAAGAGGACCGUGCGAGGUGACGGCUGGGGUGGUCGCAGGCCGUCGUCGAGCUGGUUUCCCGGCCUCACCACGGGUCCUCUGAUCAGCCCAACGAACACGGUCGUUACCAAUCACAAGAAGGAGAACGACGAAUAUGGCCCAAAAGGUCUUCGAAUUCUGCAGCUUGGCAGCGUUGCGUCUUCAACGACGUUGUCUUUUCACCAAUCAACACUGGCAAGGGGUCAUUCGACGUCACGUUCGAUGUCGCUUCUCCACGAGAGCGAAAUCACUUCUCCUCGCAUGCGACGAGGUCACGCGUCUGCCCUUGAAGACGCUCAGUGGGAAGACGAAAAGGAGGAGACUGCGAACGCAGAAGACGAGCUGAAGCUGCUCCACAAGCUAGGUCUGCACGUAGCAGAACACGGCAGCGAGAAGGAGGCAAUGCAACCGCUCCGUGUCCGCUUCCCCAGCACCUUGCCUCAGCCGCGAAAAGAUCUUUUGCAGGACCGCGAGCGGGUCUCGGACCCAGCAGCGGUGAAGUCUUUUACCAAUUCAGCACCUCUUCGGUUCAAAGAGCUGCUCUCCGUGUCAUCGACGAAGCUGAGGGAUAAGAUUAGCAAGAAGAGGGAUGCUGAUGAGGCGUGCGUGGUCACAUACACCGACAAGUGCGCUGAAGGGCGACCUCUGAAGCUCAAGAGGUGGGACCUUGACGACAAUUACGGCGACGAUGGAAAAGCAAACAAGAAUGGGUGGUUGAGGACUUCGUUUCGAUGGAUCUUCAUGACAGUCUUGAUCGUAACGAUUCUCACCGUGAUCCUCGUUGCGGCAACAAAUGCUCUCAACAAGCAACAUCCCAAGGAGCACCAUGUGGAGUCGCCCAAGAACGUCACAGUCGCCUCUCCGACGCCCUCAGCUCCACAGUCAGCGCCUGUCGCUCCUGCUGCGUCCUCAUCGGCAUCGCAAAUUGUGCAGAACACGACAGUGGCCUCGCCGAGCUCUACUUCGGCGGACGGUUCGGUCCAGAGUGCCGUCUCGGACACGUACCCGUCUCCGGCUGCUCGAGUACCGACAUCCGAAGAGCCAAGCCGCAGCGCUGAAGAUGAGACCCAGACAGAGAAUGAGGGCGUUGCGAAGCAGGUUCCCAUCCUUGAACAACAGACAGACCAGAUCGACAGGGUAUCAUGA